CUCUGUUCCACUGUUGUCUGUAAAGAUGGAGCUGUAUCUGGCCAUUCUUACCCUCGCUGUUUGUCUCUCAGCUGAUGCUCAAUUUGUACACAACGAUUUCAAAAUUAAUGGAUGUUCUGACACAGAAAAAGAAUCUGUGUGUGGAUCUGAUGGAGAAGAGAUAUGGCAUGCUGACUUUAUUCAACAGAUGGGAGUAAAUACAUUACCAGAUUUUGCAGAUGCUUUGCGCUUUCCAGGAUUUUAUGAAUCAAGCAUUGCGGCACAAGAAGCAUGCCAACAAAACCUAGCUGUAUGCAUUAAAGCUUACAAGAGCCCGCCAGAGGAAAUGGACCCCCCUGAGACGUCCAUCUAUCCGAAGAAUGCUGUUCAGCUGGGUGUUGAGAACUCCCUCGUCUGUCACGUCACGGGCUUCUUUCCUCCGCCUGUCAACAUCUCGUGGACCAAGAACAAUGUCGUUGUGACGGAAGGUGAGAGUCUGAGUCGGUACCGACCGAGGAAUGACGGCACCUUCCACAUCUUCUCCUCUCUGGAUAUUGUUCCUGAAGAGAGGGACAUUUACAGCUGUACGGUGAACCACAGAGCCCUCCAGGGCCAAGCGCAGACCAAAAUAUGGGGUGUCCCAGAGACGGCUGCUGUCUCGCCCCGUCUGGGUCCGGCGGUGUUCUGUGGAGCAGGGUUCACUCUGGCGCUGCUGGGAGCAGCUACGGGAAUCUUCUUCUUUAUUAAAGGAGCUGCAACUCGCAACACAGACACGGCAGAAAAAGAAAAACAUUUCAUGCAGUGGACCUACCAAUAAAGACAGUUGCUGGAGGAUCCUGAAUGCAGUGAUACAGUGUUUCGUGUGUCAUUUCAGUCAUGCUGGUGUUGAAGAUCGAUAAGACGCAUAAAUGCAAAGAUCUGGUUGAACCUUGAAAGUUGAUUAAAUCAUGAAAUCUUUUCUUGCUCUAUUUGCUCAGAUUACUUGACGAACUGCAAAUGUAACAUAAUCAAUGUUGAUUUUGAGUGACUUAAAUCAAAUAAGACACUUUUGCUACUUUUGUACUACAUGUAGUUGCUUUUGUCAUGGACUGAAAUGUUUCUUUAGGCGCACUAUGUACGUUUUUUUUGCCCUAGUGGUUAAUAAAGGAAA